AUGGAACAAGAAGCGACUGACAACAGGAAUUACACUGUUAAUGACAUACAUCUCUGCUACGAAUCAGAUACAACAACUAACUUAUUCACAAGCAACCCUUCCAUAAUAUGUGUUUUAUUAUAUGUUUUCCUCGGCGCAUUGUCUGUUGUCACAAUAUGUGGAAACCUUCUCGUAAUAAUAUCCGUCUGUUAUUUCAAACAGCUCCACAUCCCUACUAACUACCUCAUUCUCUCUCUGGCUGUGGCCGACCUGCUUGUAGGAGUUUUAGUCUUCCCUUUCAGCAUGGCAUUCACUGUAACUUCAUGUUGGUAUCAUGAGGGUUUGUUUUGUAAAGUACGAGGAAGCUUUGAUGUUACACUGAGCAUAGCUUCUAUUUUGCACUUAUGCUGUAUUUCUAUCGACAGAUACUACGCAGUAUGUCAGCCUCUCACUUAUAAAAGUAAAGUAAAUGAUCAUGUCAUUGGGAUCAUGAUCCUAGUGAGCUGGGGAGUUGCUGCUCUGAUUGGCAUCGGCAUCAUAAUUGCAGGUUUUAAUCAAGGAAAAUGUGAAGAAAGUUGCUUAAUUGAUGGUCUCAUAUCAACCACCCUUGCGUGUAUUUUUUCCUUUUAUAUCCCAGUCAUUAUAAUGCUUAGUUUCUACCGGAAAAUUUUCCUUGUUGCAAAGAGACAGAGACAUGCAAUCAGCAUUCAGAACACUACCUGUCAGAGCACAAAGUCUGGAGCAACUGUGAGUAAGAUGGAGAGAAAAGCCACCAAAACUCUGGCUAUUGUUUUGGGAGUUUUUCUCUUAUGUUGGGCUCCGUACUUUCUUUGUAUCGUCUUUCAGCCUUUAACGUUCGAUGUUACACCUAUUGCUGUGAUUGAAACCCUGAACUGGCUUGCACUGUCAAAUUCAAUGCUCAAUCCAUUUAUUUAUGCUUUCUUUUACAGCUGGUUCAGAUCAGCUUUCAGAAUGAUCAUUUCUGGAAAAAUAUUUCGAGGGGAUUUUGCAAACUCGAAACUUUGA